UAGAUCUAAUCGCUAAGAAACCCUUUUUUUUUUUAGACCUUUUUGGGGCCUUAAUGCCACAAAAAUAAGAAUAUUUUCGCACAUUUUUUGAUCCAAUGAUAGCCGGUAAAGUCAGUAAGCCUUUGCUGCUGCUGCGGAGUGAGAUGAAUGCAGAGUCGAGAGGUGAGGACAAGGCAGCUACUUCAGACAGUGAGCUCAACGAUCCCCUGCUCGCUCCUGUGGAAUCAAAUGAUGGUGAGGACACUCCCAGCAAGCUCUUCGGGGCCAGAGGCAACUCCGUGCCAGCCGAUUCAGGCACAAACGAUCUACAUCAACCAAGCCAGACUCAUCCGGGAUUCUCAGUGGGGCCUCAGCCACUCUUGGCAGCCCAACAACUGGCCUCGGCUGUAGCAGGAGUAAUGCCGGGGGGUGCUCCUGCCCUCAACCAACCAAUACUCAUUCCAUUUAAUAUGGCCGGACAGCUAGGAGGGCAACAGGGACUGGUCUUGACAUUACCUACAGCCAAUCUCACCAACAUCCAAGGACUGGUUGCAGCUGCGGCAGCAGGAGGAAUAAUGACUUUGCCACUGCAAAAUCUACAAGCUACCUCAUCCCUAAACACACAGCUUCAGCAACUACAGCAUCUUCAGCAACUACAGCAUCAUCACCAUCACCACCACCAUCAACAACAACAACAACAACAAGGACAGCAGCAGCAACAGCAGCAGCAACAACAAACACAGCAGCAUCCUACAGCCCAACAUCAGCAGUCAUCACAACAGCCAUCACAGGCACUUCCACCACAACAGUCACAGCAGCAGAACCAGCAUCAUCAUCAACAGCAGCAGAACCAAACACAGACUCAGAGCCAGAAUCAACUGUCAUCGAGCCAGCAUCCCUCCAGUUCUCCUCAGAAGCCCAAUCAAUCACCAGGACAUGGCCUUCCUUCCCCAAUAACACCACCAAACCCACUGCAGAUGGUUAACAAUCCCUUAGCAAAUCAAGCGGCUGCAGCAGCGGCGGCGGCAGCAGCAGCAAUGGGUUCAAUAGCAAGUUCGCAAGCCUUUGGGAAUGCACUUUCCAGUCUUCAAGGGGUUACAGGUCAACUUGUCACAAAUGCACAAGGACAGAUUAUUGGGACAAUUCCACUUAUGCCAAAUCCUGUGUCAUCGAAUCAAGCUGGAGGAGGAGCUCAGGGACUUCAGGUUCAGCCAAUAACUCCACAACUACUAACCAAUGCCCAGGGUCAGAUUAUUGCCACCGUGAUAGGCAAUCAGAUUCUCCCGGUGAUCAACACCCAGGGAAUAACACUUUCACCCCUUAAACCUGGACAACAGCUUCAUCAGCCAACGCAGACAACAGUGGGCCAGGCAACAUCACAAGCCAAUCUUUUACACAUGGCUCACAAUCAAGCAUCACUUGCUCAAAGCCCAGUUCGCCAAGCUUCCUCUUCUUCAUCAUCUUCGUCAUCUUCAUCUUUGAGUGUUGGACAAUUAGUAAGCAACCCACAAACAGCCAGUGGCGAGGUAGAUGGAGUUAAUCUGGAAGAAAUACGGGAGUUUGCAAAAGCAUUUAAAAUUCGUCGCCUUUCCCUUGGCCUCACCCAGACUCAAGUUGGACAAGCUUUGAGUGCUACAGAAGGUCCAGCCUAUAGCCAAUCUGCUAUCUGCAGACACACCAUCCUGAGAAGCCACUUUUUCCUACCACAGGAAGCCCAAGAGAACAAUAUAGCUAGCAGUCUGACAGCCAAACUGAACCCUGGCCUUUUGUAUCCUGCCAGGUUUGAAAAGCUGGACAUCACCCCAAAAAGUGCCCAGAAGAUAAAACCUGUCCUUGAGCGGUGGAUGGCUGAGGCUGAGGCCCGCCACCGAGCAGGUAUGCAGAAUCUGACAGAGUUUAUCGGAAGCGAACCUUCAAAAAAGCGCAAGAGGCGCACUUCGUUUACCCCACAGGCUCUAGAGAUCUUGAAUGCCCAUUUUGAGAAAAACACGCACCCUUCCGGGCAGGAAAUGACAGAAAUUGCAGAAAAGCUGAACUAUGACCGGGAAGUGGUUAGAGUUUGGUUCUGUAAUAAACGGCAAGCUCUCAAGAACACAAUUAAACGUUUAAAACACGAACCAGGCACAGGAGUCCCAAUGGAGUCUUUAACAGACCCAAUGGAAGAAAAUUCCUAAAACUUUGAGACUGAACUCUGCCAAAAGCCUGUUCAUCAACAUUGUAAGUAAAUAGACUGAGAAAACAGACUAAAGGACAGAACAUUUAUUAAUGUAUUUAUGAGUUUUCCAAAUACAAUGCACAGCACUUAGUGUGUAUGUGUCCGUGGUAGAAGUAGUCGUAAAAGGGAAAAAAUAAAUGUACUUUUUUAUGGACUUCACAAAAAAAACCAAAUAACUGCAUACAUUUUCUGUAUAUUAUGACAAUGGGAACUGUGUUUGAAAACCAAGAGAAACUUUUACCUAUUAAAAGAGAAAGACUGCCACCUGGAGGAUGAAUUGUAGACUUUCAGGUAUUAAGUGCUCAUUCACUAGGAUAUCUUCUGUAUUAACCAAAGUCAGAAACAUGGUAUUGCAAAACUAGAUUUUUGGUCUUCUCUCUAAUGAGUGCGAUGUUGUUUUUAACAUUGUCGAUG